AUGCAAAAUUACACAAGAAGCCCCCAAUUUCUCAUGCUUGGGCUCUCAGAUCUCCCAGAACAACAAACAUUAUUGUUUAUAUGUUUUUUAACGAUGUAUCUUUUAAAUAUCCUUGGGAACUCGACUAUAAUUUUGCUAGUGAGGGCCGACUCCAAUCUCCACACGCCCAUGUACUUUUUCCUAGGAAAUCUAUCCUUUGUUGAUAUGUGUUACACAUCGUCAAUUGUUCCAAAAAUGUUAGUGAACAUCCUCUCGGAGAAAAAGACAGUCUCUCUUGUAGGCUGUAUUUCCCAGUUGUAUUUUUUCCUGUGUUUCGCUUGUACGGAAUGCUUCAUUCUGGCUGUGAUGGCCUACGACCGAUAUGUGGCAAUCUGUAACCCGUUACAUUACACCGUGAUUAUUAACAGUAAAAUCUGUGUUGCUCUCGUUGUUGGUUCCUGGUUGGCCUCCGCGUUACAUUCCCUACUGCACAGCUUGAUGGCGUCUCGGAUGAAAUUUUGUGGAAUCAAUACGAUCCAUCACUUCUUCUGUGAUAUGGCUCCUCUCUUACAACUAUCCUGCUCUGAUGUCUCCCUCAACAAACUAUUGAUCUACACUGAGGGUGGUUUACCAGUUUUGAUCCCAUUCAUCGUCGUUCUUGUCUCUUACGUAAGAAUCAUAUCUUCCAUCGUCAAAAUCCGUUCAACUGGUGGCAGAUACAAAGCCUUUUCUACAUGCUCCUCUCAUCUGAUAGUAGUUGUACUGUUUUACGGAACUAUUGCUUUUAUGUACUUGCGGCCAUCUUCCAGCUUCUCGGUGAACUAUGAUAGAAUUGUGAGCGUUGUAUACACCGUUGUAGCGCCAAUGUUGAACCCAUUUAUAUAUAGUUUACGAAACAAGGAGGUGAAAGGUGCUAUGAAAAAAAUGUUCAUCAGGAGAAAGUUUGUUAGCAAUUAA